GCUGCGGCGUCCCACGGGGAUUCGAUCCCCUUCCUACCCCAGGUGUUGGGUUGCCCGAGGGCGGCUGGGAUGCGGGAACAGGAGCUCUGGUGUCCGGAGGUGACACCGGAGCUGGUGCUGAGCCCCUCCUGGGCACGCGGGUGCGAGAGCCGGGGAGCAGCACUCCGGCGGUGGGCAGCUACUGCAGGUAUCCAGGCAUGGAUGGCACCAUGUCCCUGAGGAACGAAGCAAAGAGAGGGAAGCACAGCAGUUUCCAAGGAAAUCCCGUGGCAGCAGGGAGGAGACGAGACGUGACGGCCAGCAGGAGGGUCCCCGUCCUCGCCCUCGUGCCCCUGCACUGUGCAGACACAAGCCACCAGACCCGCUCCGUCUCCAGCCGCCCCUACUACAGCCUGCCCAACAGCAGCCAUGAGAGGCGCUCGGUCCUCGCCGUCACGGAGCCGCCGCGCUUCCACUCCCAAGCCAAGGGCAAGAACGUGCGGCUGGACGCCCACUCGCGCCGCGCCACGCGGAGGAACAGCUUCUGUAACGGGGUCACCUUCACCAACCGGCCCAUCCACCUCUACGAGAAAGUGAGGCUGAAGCUGGUGGCCGUGCACCACGGCUGGAGCGGGGCCCUGCGCUUCGGCUUCACCAUCCACGACCCCUCGCAGAUGAGCUCCGACGACAUACCAAAGUACGCCUGCCCCGACCUGGUCACCCGGCCCGGGUACUGGGCCAAGGCUUUGCCAGAGAGGUUCGCCGUCAGGGACAAUAUCUUGGCCUUCUGGGUUGACCGUCAUGGGAGAGUCUUCUACAGUAUUAACGACGAGGAGCCGAUAUUGUUUCACUGUGGUAUUAAAGUUUCCAGUCCUCUCUGGGCGCUCAUAGAUGUCUACGGGAUUACCCACGAAGUGCAAAUACUAGAUAGCAUGUUUGCGGAGACCAUGACCAGCGCCCGCCUCAGCACCGCCCGUCUCAGCACCUGCCUUCCGCAGAGCAACCACGACUCCGCCAACUUCAACAACAACGAGCUGGAGAACAACCAAGUGGUGGCCAAAAUCGCAAACCUAAACCUGAGCCGGGUGCCGGGGCUCGCCACAGACAACCACCUCAUCCCCUGCUGCCCAAACCGACGGCAGCGCGCCCCGGGGGUCCCAGCCUUCCUGGACACGGACCUGCGGUUCCACCCCACGCGCGGACCUGACAUCACCUUUUCUCAGGACCGGAUGGUUGCCUGCACCAACUGGCAGGAAAGCAAUAGGACCUUGGUGUUUUCUGACCGGCCGUUGCACAUCGGAGAAAGCCUCUUUGUGGAAGUGGGACACCUUGGGUUGCCCUACUACGGGGCGCUCUCGUUUGGCAUCACUUCUUGUGAUCCGAGUACUUUACGGACAAACGAGCUCCCAGCAGACCCGGACUUUCUCCUGGACCGCAAGGAGUACUGGGUGGUGUACCGGGCGUUCCCUGUCCUCAACAGCGGCGACAUCCUCAGUUUCAUGGUUUUGCCGAACGGAGAGGUGCACCACGGCGUGAACGGAGCCAGCCGGGGAAUGCUCAUGUGCGUGGACACCUCGCAGUCUCUCUGGGUGUUUUUUACAAUCCAUGGUGUAAUCAACCAGCUCAAAAUACUGGGCACUGUGCAGUCCAGCCCAGUGACCGUCUCGCCCUCAGGGUCCCCCGGUGGCUCGCAGUACGACAGCGACUCGGACAUGGCCUUCAGCGUCAACAGGUCGUCGUCUGCCUCCGAGUCCUCACUCGUGACUGCUCCCAGCUCCCCCCUGAGUCCCCCCAUCUCUCCCGUCUUCCCCCCUCCGGAGCCAUCAAGCAGCAAGAACGGGGAAUGCACCGUCUGCUUUGACAGCGAGGUGGACACGGUGAUCUACACCUGCGGACACAUGUGCCUCUGCAACACCUGCGGUCUUAAGCUGAAGAAGCAGCUCAACGCCUGCUGCCCGAUCUGCCGACGGGUCAUCAAAGAUGUUAUUAAAAUCUACCGCCCUUAGCGCCCGGCUCGGGCUGUAGGAAGGGAGAACGCCGCUAGCAGUAACCAUGCCUUUCCGUCCCUGCUUAUGGGUUAUCGUGCUGGUCAGUCGUUAUCAAGUGGCUCGUUAUCUGUGUUUCCUUAUUUGACUGGUAGGGCACAAUUCAGGGAUAAAAUUGAGCUGAGGAUCACAUGGGGCCCAAAGCCAAGGCUGCCGUGCCGGCCGGGCUGCGUGCCCGCGGGUGAAUUGGGUGAAUUGUGUUAGGGACCUGACCCUGCUGCCAGUGGGAGGCUCCCUGUGCAAAGGCUCUUUUUUCCCUCGGAGGAUGAGGCUCGUGGUGGUGCGGGUCAGGAUGGGGACGUUGCCAUUUUUUCGGUGCUGGGUGCCGCCGGAUUUCCCAGCCCCAAAGCCCAAACAGUCCUGGGGUGCCUGCGCUGUGAUGGAACAAAAUUAGA